AUGUACAUUGGGGCUAAUGCUGGUGAACGUACGCAAUCAAAUGUGUGGAGGGACACGUCUGAGGAGGAAAUAUACGGCAGUUAUCUUGGUCCUGGCGCCAAUGACAAUGCUAGUGAUGUCCCUAUGAUGCGUCCUACUAUGACCAUGCGUCCUAGUACAACUAUCCAUCAUGAUAUUUCAGUGGGACAAUUGGAUGAUACGGGAAGAGCCAGUAGCACUGGAGGUCCGCAUAAGACGUAUACGGGCCGUAAAGUGGUCUGGCCUGGUGCCGUAUUUCUACUACUUGUAACGACUGCAGCGCUCACUCUUAUUGCUUACUUUGGAGUAGAAUUGUUUCACAGCGCACAGACGCAACAGUCACUAACCGAGUCUGUGACAGAGGUGAACAGAGCCAGAAAGAGCAUCAGCGUCAAGAGUUGCUUGCUGCCGGAUUACGUCACAUUGGACGGCAAAAUCUACGCCAAGAACAGCAAGACGGGCGACAAGAAGCAGAUUGUGUUUACAGGUAUCAAUUGGAGUGGUAUGGAAAAUGUAGAGGGUGUUCCCCACGGCCUUGCCACUAAACAGAGCUAUUUGGACGAUAUUGCGGCCAAUUUAUCGGACAGUGGUUUUAAUGCAGUGCGUCUGCCGCUUAACGCGCAGAUGAUUAUUGACAACUCGGAACCUAAUACGAGGCUAUUUGUUAACAGUCUAGACACGGACCUGAACGUUGUUACGUACAUUGAUAUGAUUAAGAAGGUUGUACAGGGCCUGGGCAAGCAGCAGAUUGGCGUGUUGCUUGACAUUCACAAGAUUGACCCUAAAUUCACGGAUGACACGUCCGAGCACCUGUGGUUUACUGAUGACUAUCCGAUUGCGACCAUUUACAAAAUGUUUGAGACGUUGGCCAUGGAGCUGUGCAGCGACCUUGAGUACAAUAUCAUUGGCAUUGAUCUCAAAAAUGAGCCUGUGGGCGGCUGCUGGCCUGAAAAUGAUAGUGAUGUCUACUGCGACUCAGAAAUUAAUUGGCCUCGUGCUGUGGAGACCAUUGGCAACAAGAUUCUGGCCAUUUGCCCGAACUGGCUCAUCGUGGCGGAGGGAACCUACGCGGUCAACACCGUGACGGAGAUCAACGGUGAGAACGUGACGUAUAACGAUUGGUAUGGCGCUAGUCUGCAGAACGCCAGUGCGAACCCUAUAGUUCUCGACAUGAAAGGCAAGCUCGUGUUUGCGCCGCACUUUUACUCGCCGAGUGUAUACCCGUCAGGGUACUUUUUUAAAAAACAGUCCUCGAGCGGCGACACGGUGUCGGUGACCGAGUACCCGAACACGGAUGAAGGCAACAAACUGCUGCAGAAUGCCGUGACUUCUGUGCUGGACAAUGCCUUCGGCAAUGCCGUGACGGAGGUUGGUGUACCGACGUUCUUUGGUGAAUUUGGGGGUAUUUACGGCGCAGCGGAGCUGCUGGAGGGUAUGACAAGCACGCGUACUAUUGAUGUGCUUAUCGAGUACGCAAAUAAAAUGAACAUGUCUGGUGGCUUUGCAUGGGCCGCGAACCCUGAUGGAGCGUUUGACUUCAACGACGAGUACAAGCCCGACGAUCCAUGGCAAUAUGGGUUAUACACCGACUCGACGUGGGAGAAGUUCCAUACUGAUUUUGCUACUGCUCUGCAGAACCUAAGAGGCACUGGUGACUUUCCUUGCUUUUCGAAAACAACGAUCAUGACAUCGUUGACGUCUGGUAGUGGAAGCGCUACGAUUACAGCGGGCUCAAUUGAUGGUGACUUGAGUAGUUCCACGUCAACCACGACGGCAGCGUCUGCAACAAUUCCAGAUUCCGCGGCCGCUGCUGCGACGACGGCAGCAUCUGCAACAGUUCCGAAAGCCGCUCCAGCUGCUGCGACGACGGCAGCAUCUGCAACAGUUCCGAAAGCCGCUCCAGCUGCUGCGACGACGGAAGCUUCCGCAACGACGACGGAGCUACCACCUUCAGGUGCAACAGCAUCGACGACAUAA